AUGCCACCACCACCCCGACGACCACAAUCGCCGCCAUCAACCACCACCGACACUCGUCACCGCCACCACCACCACCGCCGGGGACCAUCCAUCACCGAGGCCCGCCGCCCGCCGCCGCCACCACCAACCACCGUCGCCGCCGCCACCAUUGCCGCCACACCACCCCACCACCAACGCCCACCGUCACGACCACCCACCGGUCGCCACAACCCGCCACCGCCGCCACCAACCACCACCGCCGCCGUUACUCACCUGCCACCGCCACCACCCACCACUGCCAUAGACCAUCAUCGCCACCCAUCGCAACCACCGCCAACACCGCCAUCAGCUAUCACCACCCGCCACCUACCAAACAAUAUACGGUAA